GUCAAGUCCUCUCAUGUCUUGGGAUGAUGCGGUGAAGCUUUGUCAUCUCCAAAUCCAGUUGAGGACGUCGUUCUUCUCCGUCCAGCAUGACGAGCGCAAGCGACUUUUACCGCCGGAUGGUUGCCGGCUUCCUGCCAUCUUUCUGAUGCCAUCUUGGAACAGUGGAAGCAUUUUUUUUUUUUUGGACGAGCUCGGCACGGUUUUCCCGCGCGAUGGAGCCCCCGGACCCGUGCCACAGCAAGCACCACAUGGACUCCAGGGGCAGCCCCGCCAUCAGCGCCAUCAUGUUCGCCGCCGGCAUCCUGGGCAACGUGGCCGCCCUGGCCAUCCUGGAGAUCCGGCGGCGGCGCGACUCGAAGGCGACGGACGGUCGCGGACGCUCGCUGUUCCAAGUCCUCAUCACGUCUCUGGUGGUGACGGACUUGGGCGGGACGUGCCUGAUCAGCCCGCUGGUGCAGGUGUCGUACUCCAACAACGUCACCCUGGAGGGGAUGUCGCCCAACACUCACGCCGUGUGCUCCUACUUCGGGUUCAGCAUGACCUUCUUCAGCUUGGCCACCAUGUCGCUGCUCUUCGCCACAGCUCUGGAAAGGUGCUUGGCUAUCGGCUACCCCUACCUGUACACCCGCCACGUCACCAGGAAGUGCGCCUACGUGACCAUCCCUGCCGUCUUUUUGCUCUGCGUUGCGUUCUGCCUCUUCCCUUUCGUGGGCUUUGGUAAAUACGUGCAGUACUGCCCCGGCACGUGGUGCUUCAUCGACAUGAACCCGGAGAGGACAAAGGACAGGGUCUACGCCAACCUGUACGCCAGCGUGAUGCUGCUGCUGGUGCUCGCCAUCGCGGCGUGCAACGCCUUCGUGGUGUACCAGCUGCUGCGCAUGUACCAGCGCCGCAGGAUCAGCCGAGGCUCCGUCGUGGCCAACGUGCGGCCAAGCGGCGAGCGCGGGCCCAUGUCGUUGGCGGAGGAGGUGGAGCAUCUCAUCCUGCUGGUCUUCAUGACCAUCAUCUUCAUCAUCUGCACGCUGCCCCUGGUGGUCCGCGUGUACAUCAACUCGGUGGAGGAGCGCAAAGAAUCGCACCACCUGGACCUGAUCGCCCUGCGUUUCAUCUCGGUCAACUCCAUCAUCGACCCGUGGGUUUUCAUCCUCCUCUCUCCCGGCGUGGUGCACUUUUGCUGGGCCUCCGUCUGCACGACUCCGCCAAGAUCUCUGAAGGCUUCCCACUUCCGCUCCACAGUAGACAAAAACACUCGUGCAAAUGUUGAGCUAUCUUGUCGGGAAAUGGAAAACGCCGAGCCUCGUCCGCCUCGAGAAAGCGUAUGACAGAAUUCCAUUUAUAUUUAUUUGACUUGCCAAAAUGUUCCUUUUUGUGACUCGUGUUUCGCUGCCGUCGGGGGCGGUCGUCCACUUUUAUCAUCUGCUUGCACUUCAAUCAUGCACGUGUGCGCCCUUGCCAAGCUUUGCCGAGUAUUUGUGUCAAAAAAAUCUACAUAGGCGCUUAGGGGGAGACGACAAGUGUGGCCCGCGGCACGUUGGAAAAAUAUCAUUGAACAAGAAAACAGAAACUGGCAACAUUUGCUGUCAUUUUACAACAAAAUAAAGUCAAAAUAUUAAACGCAAUUUUACGAUAAAAAUUGCCAUUUUACAAGAAUAACGACGUAAUAUGAUGAAAAAUAAUGUCAUUUGAGGGCCCUGUCACACCUUGACGAUUUAGGCAGCGCAUGCCUGACGGGAUCAUUUUGAUGGCAUACGUUGAACUGACGACAGGUUUUUCUCCAAUUUUGGGCGUGUACAUAGCGUAUUCAUAACGAGGUCGACGUAAACAUGACAUAUUAGUAAGUUAUAGAGAACGUUUCUUUAACUUAUAGACAACUUAUAUCAACAAAUGCGUAGCGUGUUGCCGGUGUUCACAAUUUAUGCCCAACGGCCAACGCUUGGCACACCUUGACGAUUUAGCCAGCGUACGCCAACGUAUAAAAAAUUUGGCCAAUACGCUGGCGUACGUCGAAUAAGUUAUGGGUUUUGUAUAAGUUAAGAGCACGCGGAAGCACGCCGGCAUACAUCAUAGUACGUCUAAGUCGUCCAUAGUCGUAUGUCAACGUAUGAUUCAUACGUCCCGCAUCCGCGGGCAAUAAGUUAUGCAAUCGUUGACACCCGUUCACACACGUUAUUUGUAAGUUACGUACAAGUCGUAAUACAUCAACAUACCUUGAGACAAAACUGUGUGUUCUUGGCAAGCUUCGGCUGAGAUGAGAUGGAGGCUGUCAUGUUUGCAUUAGCAGAUAAGGUAGCAGCUUGACUAUGGAAUCACAGGAGUGCCAAAAUUAAACGGGAAUACGUGUGGAAAUACAAAGAGAAUAAAUAAUAAAACAAUAUACAAAUGUAGUCAUAUUCUUUUUCCAUUUUGUCAUUGUUUUUUCUGUAUUGUCUUUGUCUUUUCCACUUACGUUUUGUCAUUGCAUUUAGUAAUGAAAAAGACAAAACAGGAAAAUCGACGCCAAAAUGGAAAAAACAAAGACAAUGCAGAAAUCAUUCUUUUGUCUUUGUCAUUUCUAAAUGCAAUGACAAAACGCAAGUGGAAAAGACAAAUACAAAACAGGAAAAACAAUGGCAAAUUGGCAGUGUUUCCCGCCUCAACGGUCUGUGUAAUUUACUCCACCCCUGGCCCUUCUCCAGGCACGCCUCCCGCCGAGCCCACUCCGCUGUGAUUGGUUACACUCGCAAGCGCUCCCGAGAACUUCCGGACAGCUGCCGAACCCCUCUUGCCCGAUUACAUACACAAAAUAAACACAAUUAAGACACUGAUGAAUUGUUACUUACAGCUUGCUCUUCUGACUCUUCAACACCAAAGGCGUCGGACUUCAGCAACAGUUUGGCGGAUAGUCCAGCUUCGUAUUGACCCGUGUUCACAAAACAGUCCCGUGUGAAGUGUCGUUAACAGAUGAGCACAUUUUACUCUCGCUGGGUGGGAAUCAGCUACUCCAACCACUAGUGCCUGAAACUUGCCUCUCUAGGCACACCCCAACAAACAUUUCCUGGGAGCCAUACGUGCUAACGGUGAACAGAGCAGAGUGAAGCAGAGCGGGGGUGCUGGGCAUGCCCAUAUAAGGAAGUCCGGGUUGCACUGACGUCAAUGGGACGCCCAAAACUGCUUUCUGGGCUCACUUCCAAAUGCGUGAACCAUCGUUUAACACGAGAAUACAACAUUGUAACAACAUUCAUAGGUCAGAAAAGAGGAAAAGCAUAAUAGGCCCCCUUUAAGAGAAAAAAGUCCUAUUCUAACAAGAAAAAAAAGUUGCUAUUUUAUGAAAAUAAACUGGUAUUACGAGGAAAAAUAAUGUCAUUUUAGUAGCAUAGAGUUGAAAUAUUCAAGAAAAGUCGUAAUAUUAUGCGAAUAAAGUCAUAAUAUAAAGGGAAUAAAGUCAUAAUAUUAUUGGAAUAAAGUAGUUUUAAUAUGAAGGGAAUACAGUCAUAAUAUUAUGGGAAUAAAGUAGUUUUAAUAUGAAGGGAAUACAGUCAUAAUAUUAUGGGAAUAAAGUACUGUAGUUUUAAUAUUAUGGGGAUAGUCAGGAUAUUACAAGAAGAAAAUUGACAAGAAAGUUGAAAUUGUCUUUUAUUUUCAGUUUAUUCCCGUAAAACGACAACUUUUAUGUGUUAUUAUUUUGAAUUUAUUCUUGUAAAAUUACUGUUGCUUUUUCCUGUUUUUUUGUGUGAAAAUGUUCUUGUGAAAUGCUAUUUUUAUCAUGUGUGCGUAUUUGCGCCUCUUAUCUGUCGUCUGUGGUCACAACGUAGCUGCCUUACUGCUGUACUUUUAUCAUUAAUUACUCCCUGUGCGUGUGCGUGUGACGUACGUGUGUGUGUGACGUACGUGUGAGUGUGUGUGUGUGUGCGUGUGACGUACGUGUGAGUGUGUGUGUGUGUGUGUGCGCGCCUGCUUUUCAUGCGUGAAUGUAAGGAAUGUCGCAACCCUUGAACGCAACGCUGCAUGAAAAAUGUGGAAUUGUUGUAGAGUGUAACUGUUAAGUACUACAAAGUACUGCUGUAGAUGUGUGUAACUGUUAAGUACUACAAAGCACUACUGUCGAUGAACGUGUGUGUGGUUUUUUCCCUGCUUGUCCACACGAUGUAUAACAUUUAUCAUUACAUUUUCUAAUCAAUUAUAUUCCUAUCAAUUAUAUUGAUAUUUAACAUAUACAUGUAACAUUUAUAGUAAUAUAUAACAUUAAAGUUAUAUUUAACAUUUAUGUCUAUCACAUUUCUAUUCAUAUGCAAC